CCUCCACAUCUCCAAGGAGCUUCUGGUCCCGUGCAGGUGCUUUGUUUUGCAACAUGUCGGACGGCGAGGAGGCGUACGAAUGGCGGCGAGGAACAUGAAGAAGACGCCAUGAAGAAAAAGCCUGGUUUUGUUCCCUGUUUGGCUGCCCCCAAAAUCCCAGAUGGAGAAAAAGUGGACUUUGACGACAUCCACCGCAAGCGAAUGGAGAAAGACCUGACGGAGCUCCAGACUCUGAUCGAGGAUCACUUUGAGAAGCGCAAGAAGGAGGAAGAGGAGCUCCUCAGCCUCACCGACCGCAUAGAGAAGCGCCGGUCCGAUAGAGCCGACCAGAUGAAGAUCAGAGCGGAGAAGGAAAAAGAACGACAGACGAAAAUGGCCGAGGAGAAAGCGAGGAAGGAGGAGGAAGAGGCCAAGAAGAAAGCCGACGACGACGCCAGGAAGAAGUUGAUCCUGAGCAACCUGAGCUUCACCGGCUAUAAAACGCAGACGGGAACAAAGCGACAAACCGAGCGAGAGAAGAAGAGGAAGAUUCUCAACGACCGCCGCAAGGAGUUAAACAUUGAUCACCUCAGGGAGGACAAAGUCAGGGAAAAGGCCAAAGAGUUGAUGGACUGGAUGCGGCAGCUGGAAGCGGAGAAGUUUGACCUUCAGUACAAAUACAUGAAGCAGAAAUACGAGGUGACUGUGCUGAGGAACCGCGUCAGUGACCAUCAGAAAAUUUCAAAGGGCAGCAGGAGCAAACGAGGCCUGAGGAAGUAACAACAACACCCUAAUGUUUCCUCAUAAGUUGCCUUACUUGAUAAAUAUAAUAAAUCAUCUUCAUGAUUGUCUGUGAAAUCAAGUGCAUGCGUGAAUAAAAGCGU